AUGCUGAAGCCCAAAACCAAAAUGCCUUCCCUAUCAACACCCCUAACUCUCAUCGUCGCCACAACCCCAAUCCCCCACCACCCAUCAUCCACGUCAACCCAAAAUGCCCAACCCAAGCUAGGAAUCGGCCUAAACGGCACCCUCCCCUGGCCGCGCAUAAAAGCCGACAUGUCCUUCUUCGCGCGCGUAACCUCCCGCCCUCCUCGACCCAAUACAACAAAUGCAGUGGUCAUGGGCCGGAAGACAUACGAAUCCAUCCCAGAAAAACUGCGGCCGCUGGGGAAGAGGGUUAAUGUUGUCGUCACGCGGGAUGUGGAGGGGAAUGCUGGGAGGGUGCGGAAGGAGUUGGAGGGGAAGAGGGAGAGGGAUGUUAAGAGGGCUGCUGAGGCGCAGGCACAAGGGAAAACUGGGGGUGCGGGGACGGAGGGUACUACGGAUGCGAUUGUUAGUGAGAGUUUGGAGGCUGCGAUGCGCGAAUUGGAGAGUGCGUAUGGGGCUGGGGAGGACAGUAAAUUGGGGAAUAUAUACAUUAUCGGCGGGGGAGAGAUUUACGCAUCUACAUUACGCUCUGGGGCUGGACUCAACCGGAAGAUCCGCAUUGUCAUGACGAAUGUGAAGAGGAAGGGUAAUGAGGGAUAUGAUUGUGAUACAUUCUUCCCCGUCGAUGACCUCAGCGCUGAGAGUGGAUGGCGGGAGGCGAGUAGCCAGGAGGUUAGUGAAUGGGUUGGGGAAAAUGUUGAUGGGGAGUGGAGGGAUGAGGGGGAGGUUGUGAUUCAGAUGGUUGGGUAUGAACGGGUUUAG